UUACUUCCUGUAUGGAGGCAUGGCCAGUUUCCAGCCCCGCGCUCCCUGUUCCUCCCCAGCCUGCGCCGGAGCCACAACUUUCAGGAGCAUGGACUGAAGGCGCCCUCGCCCCAGCGCCCGUCUGAGAUCCUUUGUGUUUUCCUGCGUUUCCUCUGGCCGUUUCUAUUUUGGGGGGCUCUUCGCUCCCCCCGCCUCUCCCCUCCCCUUCCCCGCUCGCAAACAUGCCUCCUUCCUUCCCGGGGCCCUGGAAGGAGCUGCCUGCUUGAAGCUCGGAGACGCCGCGCCGCGCUCAGCCCCGCCGCCGCCCGCCGGCUCUCGGGCUGCGCUGUGCUGCCGACUCAAGUUGGGGAUCCUCGGCUGCUCGCCGCCGCCGCCUGCGGUCCCUGCCUGCCCCGGGGCCCGGGCAUCGCCGCCGCCCGCCGAUUCCUCGCCCUGGCCGCCCGCCUCGCUCCUUUUUGAACGGAAAGCAGCCCUUCUCCGCCGCGGAUCGUCCCCAGUGUGGCUCCGCGUUCCCGGUCACUUUUUGAGAUUUUUUCGGGGGGCGCUCGGCGGCUUCCCGGAUUCCAGGGGGACUCGGGCCGCCGAGUGCGGGUGGCCCGUAGAGCCGGCGAACAGGGGAAGAGCCCAGGCUUAGGGGAGGCUCACACGGAGGCAAGAACUUAUUCAACAAGUUUACCCUCCCUGCCUUCCUCUUUUCGAUGUGCGUUUUCGGACAUGCGGAGGUUACUGGAACCGUGUUGGUGGAUUUUGUUCCUGAAAAUCACCAGUUCCGUGCUCCAUUAUGUCGUGUGCUUCCCCGCGUUGACAGAAGGUUACGUCGGGGCCCUGCACGAGAACAGACACGGCAGCUCAGCUCAGAUUCGCAGGCGCAAGGCUUCAGGCGACCCAUACUGGGCCUAUUCCGGCGCCUAUGGUCCUGAGCACUGGGUCACGUCGAGUGUCAGCUGCGGAGGCCGUCACCAGUCUCCGAUUGACAUUUUAGACCACCAUGCACGUGUCGGUGAAGAGUAUCAGGAGCUGCAACUUGAUGGCUUCGACAACGAGUCUUCUAACAAAACCUGGAUGAAAAACACAGGGAAAACAGUUGCCAUCCUUCUAAAAGAUGACUAUUUUGUCAGCGGCGCUGGCCUGCCUGGCAGAUUCAAAGCCGAGAAGGUGGAAUUUCACUGGGGCCAUAGCAAUGGCUCUGCGGGCUCUGAACACAGCAUCAACGGCAGGCGGUUUCCUGUUGAGAUGCAGAUUUUCUUUUACAAUCCAGACGACUUUGACAGCUUUCAAACUGCAAUUUCUGAAAACAGAAUAAUCGGAGCCAUGGCCAUAUUUUUUCAAGUCAGUCCAAGGGACAAUUCUGCACUGGAUCCUAUUAUCCAUGGGUUGAAGGGUGUCGUCCAUCAUGAGAAGGAGACCUUUCUGGAUCCUUUCGUCCUCCGGGAUCUCCUGCCUUCAUCCCUGGGCAGCUAUUACCGGUACACAGGUUCUUUGACCACUCCACCAUGUAGCGAAAUUGUGGAGUGGAUAGUCUUCCGGAAGCCUGUCCCCAUCUCUUACCAUCAGCUCGAGGCUUUUUAUUCCAUCUUCACCACAGAGCAGCAAGACCACGUCAAGUCGGUUGAGUAUCUGAGAAAUAACUUUCGACCACAGCAGGCUCUGAAUGACAGGAUGGUGUCCAAGUCUGCCGUCCGUGACGCCUGGAACCACGACAUGACAGACUUCUUAGAAAAUCCACUGGGGACAGAAGCCUCUAAAGUUUGCAGCUCUCCACCCAUCCACAUGAAGGUGCAGCCUCUGAACCAGACGGCACUGCAGGUGUCCUGGAGCCAGCCGGAGACCAUCUACCACCCGCCCAUCAUGAACUACAUGAUCUCCUACAGCUGGACCAAGAACGAGGACGAGAAGGAGAAGACGUUCACAAAGGACAGCGACAAAGACUUGAAGGCCACCAUUAGCCACGUCUCACCUGACAGCCUUUACCUGUUCCGUGUCCAGGCUGUGUGUCGGAACGACAUGCGCAGCGACUUCAGCCAGACGAUGCUCUUUCAAGCUAAUACCACUCGAAUAUUCCAAGGGACCAGAAUUGUUAAAACAGGAGUGCCCACAGCGUCUCCUGCCUCUUCGGCCGACAUGGCCCCCAUCAGCUCGGGGUCUUCUACCUGGACAUCCUCUGGCAUCCCCUUCUCAUUUGUUUCCAUGGCAACCGGGAUGGGCCCCUCCUCCAGUGGCAGCCAAGCGACAGUGGCCUCGGUGGUCACCAGCACGCUCCUUGCCGGCCUGGGCUUCAGCGGCGGCGGCAUCUCCUCCUUCCCCAGCACGGUGUGGCCCACGCGCCUCCCCGCGGCCGCCUCUGCCAGCAAACAGGCCGUCAGGCCCGUCCUGGCCACGACAGAGGCCUUGGCGUCUCCAGGCCCCGACGGUGAUUCGGCACCGACCAAGGACGGUGAGGGUGCCGAGGAAGGGGAGAAGGAUGAGAAAAGUGAGAGUGAGGACGGGGAGCGGGAGCAUGAGGAGGAGGGGGAGAAGGACUCCGAGAAGAAGGAGAAGAGCGGGGUGACCCACGCCGCCCGGGAGCGGAACCAGACCGAGCCCACCCCCGCCCCCUCGUCUCCCAGUGGAACUGCUGAGGAGGGUGGGCAUCAGACUAUACCUGGGCACGAGCAAGACCACACUGCCAUCCCCACGGACCGGCCCGAUGGCGCAAAGGGUGCCCACCCUGGCCUGGACUCCGACUCGGUCACCUCCACCCAAGUGCCCCCCACAGUCACAGAGGAACAUCAUGCAGGGAGUGAUCCCAAGUGGCCCCAAAUGCCAUCUAAAAAGCCCAUGUCCCGAGGGGACCGGUUUUCCGAGGAUAGCAAAUUUAUCACGGUUAAUCCAGCAGAAAAGAACACCUCUGGGAUGAUAAGCCGCCCUUCUCCAGGGAGGAUGGAGUGGAUCAUCCCUCUGAUUGUGGUAUCAGCCUUGACCUUCGUGUGCCUCAUCCUUCUCAUUGCUGUGCUAGUUUACUGGAGAGGGUGUAACAAAAUAAAGUCCAAGGGCUUUCCCAGACGUUUCCGUGAAGUGCCUUCUUCUGGGGAGAGAGGAGAGAAGGGGAGCAGAAAAUGUUUUCAGACAGCUCAUUUCUAUGUGGAAGAUAGCAGUUCACCUCGGGUGGUCCCCAACGAAAGUAUUCCUAUCAUUCCUAUUCCGGAUGACAUGGAAGCCAUUCCUGUCAAACAGUUUGUUAAACACAUUGGUGAGCUCUAUUCUAAUAACCAGCAUGGGUUCUCCGAGGAUUUUGAGGAAGUCCAACGCUGUACGGCUGAUAUGAACAUCACUGCAGAACAUUCCAAUCAUCCAGAUAACAAGCACAAAAACAGAUACAUCAACAUUUUAGCAUAUGAUCACAGUAGGGUGAAGUUAAGACCUUUACCAGGAAAAGACUCUAAGCACAGCGACUACAUUAAUGCAAACUAUGUCGAUGGUUACAACAAAGCGAAAGCCUACAUCGCCACCCAGGGCCCUUUAAAGUCUACAUUUGAAGAUUUCUGGAGGAUGAUUUGGGAACAAAACACUGGAAUCAUUGUCAUGAUUACGAACCUUGUGGAAAAAGGAAGACGGAAAUGUGAUCAGUAUUGGCCAACAGAGAAUAGCGAGGAGUAUGGAAACAUCAUUGUCACACUGAAGAGCACAAAAAUACAUGCCUGCUAUACUGUUCGUCGUUUUUCAGUCAGAAAUACAAAAGUGAAAAAGGGUCAGAAGGGAAAUCCCAAGGGUCGUCAGAAUGAAAGGGUGGUGAUCCAGUAUCACUACACGCAGUGGCCUGAUAUGGGGGUUCCCGAGUACGCCCUCCCGGUCCUGACCUUUGUGAGGAGAUCCUCAGCAGCACGGAUGCCAGAAAUGGGCCCUGUGUUGGUGCACUGCAGCGCUGGUGUGGGCAGGACAGGCACCUACAUUGUAAUAGACAGCAUGCUGCAACAGAUAAAAGACAAAAGCACAGUUAAUGUCCUGGGAUUCCUGAAGCAUAUCAGGACACAGCGUAACUACCUCGUCCAGACUGAGGAGCAGUACAUUUUCAUCCAUGAUGCCUUGUUGGAAGCCAUUCUUGGAAAGGAGACUGAAGUAUCUUCAAAUCAGCUGCAUAGCUAUGUGAACAGCAUCCUCAUACCAGGAGUUGGAGGAAAGACACGACUGGAAAAACAAUUCAAGCUGGUCACACAAUGUAAUGCAAAAUAUGUGGAAUGCUUUAGUGCGCAGAAAGAGUGUAACAAAGAAAAGAACAGAAACUCUUCAGUUGUGCCAUCUGAGCGUGCUCGAGUGGGUCUUGCACCGUUGCCUGGAAUGAAAGGAACAGAUUACAUUAAUGCUUCUUAUAUCAUGGGCUAUUAUAGGAGCAAUGAAUUUAUUAUAACUCAGCAUCCUCUGCCACAUACUACGAAAGAUUUCUGGCGAAUGAUUUGGGAUCAUAAUGCACAGAUCAUUGUCAUGCUGCCAGACAACCAGAGCUUGGCAGAAGAUGAGUUUGUGUACUGGCCAAGUCGAGAAGAAUCCAUGAACUGUGAGGCCUUUACCGUCACCCUUAUCAGCAAAGACAGACUGUGCCUCUCUAAUGAAGAACAAAUUAUCAUCCAUGACUUUAUCCUUGAAGCUACACAGGAUGACUAUGUCCUAGAAGUUCGGCAUUUUCAGUGUCCCAAAUGGCCUAAUCCAGAUGCCCCCAUAAGCAGUACCUUUGAACUUAUUAACGUCAUCAAGGAAGAGGCCUUAACAAGAGACGGCCCCACCAUUGUUCAUGAUGAGUAUGGAGCAGUUUCAGCAGGAAUGUUGUGUGCCCUUACCACCCUGUCCCAGCAACUGGAGAAUGAAAAUGCUGUGGAUGUUUUCCAGGUGGCAAAAAUGAUCAAUCUUAUGAGGCCGGGAGUAUUCACAGACAUUGAACAAUAUCAGUUUGUCUACAAAGCAAUGCUGAGCUUGGUCAGCACUAAAGAAAAUGGAAAUGGUCCCAUGACAGUGGACAAAAAUGGUGCUGUUCUAAUUGCAGAUGAAUCAGACCCUGCCGAGAGUAUGGAAUCUCUGGUGUGAUUGGAAUCCUGAAAGGGCACUUACUUUGUAAAACUUCUGAAGACUGAGAACUUUUUUGAGGCCUUUUUUGCCAGACUCUAGGUUAUACAAUAACCCAGUUACUUUUUUACACUGAUAAAAGUUUUGAUAUUUAUUUUUUGCCAUUUUAUGUCUUAAUGGUAUCCUACUGAGCAUUUGCGCCUCUGUUCAUUUCACACAGUGAAGCUCAAUUUUACCUAGUUUGCACUAUAUGAUCAGUGUUACUGCCUAUAAUCUAAUACUAAAGCAAACCCUGAUGUGACAUUCCAUGACAACAUACAUGCUACUUUUUAGUUCAGUACAGUGAAGGUCUUUGUUAUGACAGUGAAUCUUGAUUUUUUAAUUAUUAUUAUUGCUAAAGCAGUUGCAUUCUACUAGCAGGCAAUGCUGUACUUUUCCUCAGUCCUCCUCUCCUAUUUUUUUGGGCACUGUUCAAUACUGUAUGCCUUCUGUAUUUUCAUGGAGUGGAUGAGCAUUGUUUUCUUUUAAAGAAUAGCAGGUUAUUGGGAGCUACUAAGAAGGUCUAUCAUCCUCAUGGCCUUGAAAUAGUUCUAUUGAUGAUGGUGAAGAUAUCCACUAAGAAAUUAGAAGGCCUAAGAGUUGCUUCAUGUGAACAUCACUUAUUAGUUACAAAGUUAUAUUCAUAGCUUAAAAAAUACCCAAUUGUGUCAAAAUAAAGGAUAUCUCUGUAUUACAGUUUUCACAGUAGCUAUGUGGACAGUGUGUGUUAUUUCCAUUUUGACUCUCUGAACUAGCUACACCCUAAAAUCAGGGCUAUCUUUUACAAUAGAGAGAUGGCAACAUUUUACACAACUCAGUUAUGAAACCUUUUAGUGACUCUCCAUUAAUGCUUCUUGGUUUAUAAUGCCAUACCUCACGGCAGGUGGAAUAAUGAAAAUUUUUGCAGGUGUGUAAUUUUGAAACUAGUCCUCUAAAAUAUCCCUAUUACUCGUAUAGCAAUCUAAUAAAAACUACCUAUAUAGUUAGCAUUCUUUUCUUUCCUUUUUUGCCAAAUGUUUCGUGAUAAAUCUCAUAAUUACAUACAUUCUUCUACUUAGGAUUAAAUUUAAAAUACUGGAUUAGCAAAAGUCUUGGGACUAUCUAGACUCCCACACAUGGGUAAAUCUGAUUUGAAGAGAGAAAAUUAGAAUCUUGAAUAAAAGAUGAUAUUGACAUUUUCAAAUAGUUUUAAAAGAGAAAGACGGCUUUGUAUGCUUUUGUGUAGUUUAGCCUCAGGAACAGAUACACUUCAGUAAAAGAGGCUGAUAAUCAUUACUCAGAGCCCAAGGAAGUUAUUUGGUCUAGCCUCUAGAGCCAUAUUCACCCUGCAGUACAUAAUGGGAAAAUUAGAAGCAUUAAUAAGAAAUUUAAUUCAGUUAGUUAGAAAAGUAAGCUACGUACUGAGACCUGCUUCUUCUAUUGCAUAUUUGGUUUUGAGAGACAACUUCUGUCAGAAGUGAAAUCAUCACCAGAACUGGGCCUGUUAAGAAGAAAAGGGUUUUGGUUACUUUUUAUGUCAAUAAACUUCAACAAAAAGUCCACACUGGCUACUAUCGUACUAUCUGGGUAGGCAUUAAAACAUUAAU